AUGAGUGACUUUGGGAGGAGGGUGGUCAAAGUUCAAAGUCCAACGUCAGCAAACAGCCGCCGUCUUAAGAUGAAGGACCCUAUCAGCACCUGCUCUUAUCACCAUCUGUAUCAAGAGUUGAAACAGUUUUCAAAAACUGGGGAAUAUUUCUGCAAGGAACUCAUGACAGUGUUUCAGCAAAGGGCUGAGCUAGAGCUUACUUAUGCUAAAGGACUGCAAAAACUUGCUGGCAAACUCAUCAGGGCAUCAAAAGAAAUGCCAAACAAUUCCACCUACAGUGCAUGGUGUCAUGUGUCAGAUGAGAUGUACUCAAGAGCCGACGCCCACAGAUCAUUAGGAAAUGCAUUUCAGCAAGAAGCCAUUCUGGAAUUACGACAAGUCUUAGACGAGCAUAAUAAGAGAAAGAGGCCUCUUGACAGUGUCAUUGAGAGAACUGGAAAACUUGUUACUGCUAAUUGGAGUGAGCAACUCAAGAUGAAGAAGAAAUUGGUUGGAAUAACAAGAGAGCACGAGGCUUUGUUCAACUUUGUUGAGAACAAUAAACAAAUGUGCACAGAGAAAGAAAAACAAAAGAUGCUCAACAGGCUGACCAAGUCUGCAGAGGUACAGGCACGGGUGGAUGAGGAAUAUUUUAACAUCAACAUGGAGGGUCAUCAGAUGAGACUCAAAUGGGAAAACACACUGAAGAACUGCUACCAGAUCAUACAGGAGUUGGAGAAACAGCGAAUUGAGCUCCAAUGCAACAUUCUGAGCAGAUACAACCUCCAUAUGUCCAGUUUUGGGCAGACCCUCAAACAUGGCCAAAAACAGAUAGAGCAGACCAUCCAAAGAGUGGACAUGGACAGAGACAUAGAAACCCUACUGACGGAAAACAGUAUCACAGCUGACAAUAGCAAGGCUGAGUUUUUGAUGGCUGAUUAUUUUGAGGAGGACAGCAAAUCACUGAUGUACAAAGACCGAAGAAAAGAGGCCAUCAAACUUAAAAUCCAACGCCUGGAUGACAGUAUUACUAAAGCAAAGAAAGACUGCGAAGGUAUUGAAAGACUGAUGAAAACGUACUCUGAAAAUCCAUCUUUUUCAAACCACAAGAACCUUGAGGAAACUGAACAGCAGCUCGAUGAGACUACUCUAAAACUGGAUCUCCUAGAGGCUACCCACUACAAACUCUCAUUAUCACUGGCUGAACUCGAAGGGAGACCCAAGUCAAUUCACCGAUUCAGUGACAGUAUCAUGAAAUGGAAAGACAAGGACUGUGAGCACAGUAUUGUCCAGCUUACUCGUCCAGUUAAAUUCAGGAGGACGCCGUUUCGAUCCCGCCUCAGGGCUUCCAUCAUCUACAAAGGACCCCCUCAAAUUGUAGCACAACAGUCUGUGGAGCCUCCAGCGAGUGUCACUUCCACAGUGUCGACACAUCAAGAUGUAGGUGCAGAGAGCGGCAGCAUUGUUAACGGAGUCGUUCCUCACACAGAUGACGAAAAAGAACAAGGUGACAUGACUCCAGAUGAAUGCAGAAUAGGACAAUGCAAGGCCAUAUACGACUUCACUCCUGAACAGGAUGAUGAACUGACUUUGAAAGAAGGAGAUCUUUUAAACAUUUAUACAAAAGAAGAAAAUGGCUGGUGGUUUGGAGAACUGAAUGGGCGGACAGGCCAUUUCCCAUCAACCUAUGUUGAGGAGCUGCCUGUGAUAGGUAGUGUCAAAUGUUCUGACGCCUGAGCUGACCCUAAAAAAAAAAAAAAAAAAAAUUCAAAACGCACCUACAAUCGAAUUCUGGGCCUCUUUACUGUCACAUCAGCUAAAAAAUA